AACCGACUAAUGCGCCGGUUGGCUGCGCAAAUCCCUAAAUUGUUUUUAUUCGUGUAAGAUGGUUGUUUUAUAAUAUUCAUCCCUAAUUUCAGCUGUGAUGGUAAAAAGUUACAUGGAACGUCUUCUAUGAUUUUCAGUUAAAUAUAGUGUAAUAAAUUUGAUUGUAAACAUGGCAAAUACAUCAGAUUGUGGUGAUACUUUUAAUUUCAAAGUGGUCUUAUUAGGGGAAGGAUGUGUUGGUAAAACUAGUCUAGUAAUUCGCUAUAUAGAAGAUAAAUUUAAUCCCAAACAUAUAAGUACGAUACAGGCUUCAUUUUUAACUAAAAAGUUAAAUUUAGAUGGUAAUCGUGUAAACCUAUCUAUAUGGGAUACUGCAGGCCAAGAAAAAUUCCAUGCCUUAGGACCAAUAUAUUAUAGAUCAUCAAAUGGAGCUGUUCUUGUAUAUGAUAUAACAGACGAAGACUCCUUUCAGAAAGUGAAAAGUUGGGUUAAGGAACUUCGUAAAAUGUUAGGUAGUGAUAUAUCUUUAGUCAUUGUUGGAAAUAAGAGCGAUUUAGAAAAGGAUCGUCAUGUGGAUUUAGAAGUAGCUAAGACAUAUGCUGAAAAAGUUAAAGCGAUGCAUUAUCAAACGUCAGCUAAACUGAAUGAAGGAGUUGAAGAAAUGUUUCUGGCUCUUACUCAAAAAAUGUUAGAUGAAGCAAAAUUAAAAGCAGCUCAAGAGAUUAACCAGACAAGAAAAAAUUCCCAAAAAGUGGUGCAAGUUGUGGAUGAUGAACAGGUACCAAAUAAUAACAAGACUUGUUGUUCAAGUAGUUAAGUUCUUGUAAACUCCUACAGACUUUCGUAUUCUGUAAAUAUUAAUAUUAUUAUUCAUGUGAUUGUUAUUUUAUUUAUAUAUAUAUAUAUGAAAUAUGAGGAUAAUAUUAUGUUAAUUGUUCCUUUAAUAAAAUUAGGUAUUUUUAAUAA